AUGGUCUUUAGUGUGGAUGGGGGUCUUGAUGGCGGUGGUAGCCGGAAUUCUGGUCGGGCCGACGAGGUAGGUGGGGGUGAUGACGGAAGGGAGGGUGGGGUUGGGAUCAAUUACAUCAUCAUCUUCAACCUCCCAAUCGAAACCCUAACCAGAGAUCAAACCCAAAAAAAACUAACCCACAGGAGAUCGAAGAACGACAAUGGUGGUUUGCACUUGUGGAGCCUCAACCUCACUGAGAACCUCACGUCAUCGUCGGUGAAAGAUCCGAUGACUUCGUUGAGUUUGUCGCUUCCUGGAGUCGAAAAUGAAGCGGUUACGGUUGCGGCUACGUUACCUCCGCCGGUACCAAUUCACGCGAUGUCGUUACAUCAGAUUCGAGUCGAAAAUCAUCAAAACCUAAACCUAAACAACAACUGCAACAACGCAGACGUGAUGACGUCAAUUCCGAUGGCGAUUUCAACGGCGAUGCGUCAGCUAAAGGUAUCACGAGAUCCGGUACCUUCGGCAGCUCCGGCCGCGGCAGUGGAGCAACCAGAAGAGGUUUUGACUCCGUUUAGUGCGGAGUUUUUUUCUGUGAUGCAAGAGAUGAUAAGAACAGAAGUGAGGAACUAUAUGACAGGUGUAGAACAACAUAAUAAUCAGCAGAGAUCCGGUGACGGAGGCGGAGGAAUGUGUAUGAAGCAGGCGGCAAGUGGCGGUGGUGACGGUUUUAGGAACGCAACGGUGGUGAAGAGGAUUGGGAUUAGCAAGAUCGAUUAAGUAAACCCUAGAUUUAUUGGUAGAUGAUGCUGGUGGUGGUAGAUGAUGAUGGUAGG